GGUUGAGGAUUGCAACGACUGUUGAUGAUGAUUACGCUUGUUCUGUCCGUUUUCUUUCUUUUCUGAGCUUUUUUUUUAGACUGUUACAUCUUUUAUAUCUGUCGAGUCAUGGCGGAAUUGCCUCCUCUUGCACCCGUUCCACCACCCGCAGUGCGGAGAACACUACAACAUGCAGAAUGGGAGGCAUGUGUUGAUGCAUGGAUUAUGCUUCUUGGAGUCCGUAUAGAGUCUUCUGAUAAAGCCUUCAAAGAAAACGCACCUAAAGAUGAAUCUGCCGUCCUAUUUCUGUCAUCUUUCUAUCAUCAGUUGGCCGCCUCUGGAGAGACCGGUCUGCAUACAGGGCAAAACGCAAGGCAACUACGGAAACUCUGCUUUCUGCUGACAAGGCGGUUGCUGCUGGAUGUUGCUCCAUCGCCACCUGAGCUACUGCACUGGAAAUUUCUGGGUGGCAUGUGCUGCUGCUAUCCUUCGAGUUCUGCUUUGAAACGAUUACUAUCAGAUGCAUGGGAUAAGCACCAAGAGACUAUAACCUCCAGUCUGGAGAAGGCAAAAUUAUCUAUCAUUAAGCAGCUUUCCAUAGCUACAUCUACGGUCAAUCCAGAAAUUGUCUCUGACAUUCGUCUGUUGACGAUUCUUGCAUCUGCGCUGCCAGCUUGUGGCCAAGUCCUCAUCACGGGAUCUGAUUUCCUGGAUACCUUCUCAGAUGCAUAUCUGACGCUGAAGAGAGGGGAGAUCCGCAAGGUUCUUGUUGCAAAUGCGUACGUCGGGUUGACAUCGCUAUUGAAAGGCUCAAAGCCAAACUUAUCAUUACUCCUUGAUCAGUUAUUCGGCCUGAAAGCUGCCGCUGGAGUAGGCACUGCGAAGAUGAAGAAGGAGCCCACCCUUCUUUCAGAUUUGAUUUGCGGCUCUGAUCUUCUUGCUCGUCUGGAACGAUAUCUGAGUGUGCAGACACAGCAAAGGGGUCAGGAUCUACUUUCCAGCUUGCGUUCAUAUCAGACGGAAUCAAAACCGUUUCAUCAUCGAUAUCAGAAGCAAAAGAAGAAGCUUGAUAAAGGGAAGAGCCGUGCACCAGAUGUUCCUGGUGCCGAUGCAGAACUUCAUGCUCACAGAAUGUCCCUUGUCACCCAAGUCCAAGAUCUCUUCCCAGACCUUGGAUCAGGUUACAUUGUAAGACUACUUGAUUUCUACGGCGAUAACACGGAAACUGUUGUCGCCCACCUUCUCGACGCCUCUCUUCCCCUUGAACUUCAAAAUCUCGACAUAUCCGAACAACUCCCCCCUACACACACAACCACCGAUCAUGAUACCUUACUCCCCCGACCAACUCCCCCAGAGAUUCCUUCUCCCGAACCAACACCCGCCCGCAAGAAUGUCUUCGACGAAGACGUUGACAUUGCAGAACUAGCCCGAUCAGGCGACGAUGCCGCACGCGAGAAGCUCCGCUUUGGCCGCGCGAACCCAGACCUCACCGCUGACGCCGUUUUGGCUGAUCGCAGUCAACACGCGACCAACAAGGCCGCCAUUCUCUCCGCUCUGGCGGCGUUCGACUCCGACGAUGACGAACGUGACGAUACCUACGAUGUAGCCGACGUCGGUGGCACCAUAGACUCGGUCCCGGCUGGCACAGACGCAGACGCAGACGCAGACAAGCGUAACCGCAGUGCCGAGGAAGCCGACAUGUCUCUCUUCCGUGCUUACAAGUCAACCCCUGGACUUUUCGCACGCGACUCUGCCACACGCCGCUCGCAACCGCGAGCCUCGCUGAAGCGCGAAACGGGCAUGACAGACGAGGCUAUUGAAGGAUGGGCGGUGAUGCUCACCCGUGACCCAAAGCGCCUAUCCAAACUAGAAGACAAGCUCGCUCUUGGAUCUGGUGGUCCCGGUGGUGUCAUGACGCAACCCGAACUCGCACCAACAUCCUACAGAAAGCCUACCCAAGCAGAGGGAGAGUCAGACGACGAAGACCAACCCUCCGGUCCUUCUUUCAGAGGAAACAGAGGUGGUCCAGGACGAGGACGCGGUCGUGGAGGACAAAGAGGCGGCCGUGGCGGUGGUGGUCGCCGGGGAGGCAAUGUCAACGGGCCUACUGGCGACCCAGGCACGACUGCCUCGCGUCAAAGGAAAGAAGAGAAUAAAUCCAGCAGAGCAAACCAUAAUCGGCGACAACAGAGAGCUAAAAAGAUAGCGAGGGGUGGUGGUCUGCCGGGGUAGGUUGGUUAUGAUACCGAUGCAACGCUGUAAUGACUAGCAUUUAGCUCUAUGAUCUUCUGCCUUCAAUUGUUUCAUAUUAAUAAAAUGGACCUUUGCUACCAGCAUUACAUCAGUUUCUAUUCAUUUUCAGACUUCUUAGUGAGUAGAAUUAAUUCGAAUUCAA